AAUUGCGCUUGUAUUGUAUAGAAUAGGGAACUCCUAUCUAUCCGCCACGUUUUGUCGAUAUCAGAGGGUCUAUCGUGAACCACGGUUGACGUGUUAGCUCUCUGUCGCACAUGUAAAUUCGUACGUAAGUUUUACAGGGAGGCAACACGUCGAACGUAGUUUACGAUAGGACGAUAAUUUCUAACAUUGAUUAGCUUCGUGUAAUCAGGUUUAAGUGAUAUUAAGUAAUUGGAUACGGAUAUAACCUGCUCUAUACUUAUAUAUACGGUAGCGAGCGUAAUACGAGUAUAACGGAGUCGGCGUCGACAGUGCACAGUAUUAUCGCCACCGCCGCCGCCGCCAUGUUGCCGCUCGCCCGCUCGCUGCUCGCGCUCGCCGCGCUGCUCUCCGUCACCGAAGCUAGGUUGGCGAACCCGUUUUGUAGUGACCUGCAUUUGGGUAAAGAUGAUGGCUAUCCAAAGAAUAACUAUGUGGAUUUUACGAUAACUGUUUCUGGUGGCACCAUCACCAUACCUGAUAAAUGUUCCAGACCAGGAAACAAGAUUGUCGGCGAGUCUAUCAGCAUAUGUAAUACGCCCAACUCUAAGCCCGAAAUCUGGCAAGCAUUGCAGACGGAGUAUCAUUUCAAACCGAACUUCGCUUUAUUCCACAUCGACUGUCCAAGCAACAUCGCUGGCUGUGAUCGUCUCAAGGUUGAAAUCAGGCAAUAUUGCGAAAUGGUCACAGCACCUCAUUGAGUAGUUGAGUAAAGUCUGACUUCCAUCUAACGGCUCGAUUCGAUUUAAAGAUACGUCAAACUUUUCUUAAAGAUACGAUAUGGAUUGAAUAUGUCAGUGUUUUUGUUUGAAGAAACGUCACUAUUGACGGUGACAUAUCUAAUCCAUGUCUUAUCUUUAGCAAAUGUAUGACUUAUCUUGAAGUUUGAAUAAGGCCGCAAGUUAUCUAUGCACCGGCUUGAAUAUAACAAAGUGAGGGUGUCAUUAACGCGUGUUUGAUAUAAAUUUUACAUUAAUGACGACUUUGUUACACUUCGUCAUUACAAGUGCCUUGCAGUUUUAGCUUGCCGACCAUAACUAGCUAAAGUUUGUGUUGGAAGUUGGAAUUUUGUCAAUAAAUAAAAUGUCAUUAUAUAA